CGGAGCCGCGCCCCAUUCCACUAGCGCUCGGGAGGGCCGUGGCCUGGACCACUGGCCUUUGCUGGUUUGGGGCCCAUCAGCUCCCAUCCUUCUCCUCUCUAUGCCCAAACCCGGAUCGUGUCCCCGGCGGGGGGCGGCAACGAUUUCUCGUCACCUCGCCUGUGAAGGGAACUUCCGCCCAUAGCCAAGAUGGCCUCCGGGUCUGCCUCCCUUCCCCCCCGACUCCGCGGGUCUUAAACCGCUGGACCCCGGAGCCCCCGCUGGGCAGCCAGCCCCAAGAACUGGCCCGCCGCGGUGAUGCCCGCUCACCUGGCCGGCCGCCUGCAUGCUGCCUGCCAGGGGCGAAACCGUCGCGAGUACUAUGGGUCACCCUCACAGGGGUCCCUGCGCCUUCUCUGCGCCCCAGGCAGUCCUCCGGCCAGGGUGGAGGCUCCCUCUCUUAUCUCGGAUGCUCCAGAGAUGGCGCGGGGAGUGGUGCCCUGUUGCGGGCGGCAUGGUUUCCACGGCGCGGUUCCCACGCUAGGGAAGAGGACGGAGUGGGACUUCCCGACCCCAUCACCCCUCCAGAACCGUAACAACAGCAAGUCAUUGCAUCCGACUUCUGACUGUCAACUGCGACUUUGCAAAGUGCUUUCAGCCACAGUAAUCACCACUCUGUUUACAAAGUUUUCACUGGCUCCGGAGGGAGGUGUCAUUAUCCCCAUUUUACAGGGGUGGAAACUAAGCCCCGGAGGGGCUGAAGGGCUUAUCAGCAGAAACGAGUCUCCAGGCUCCAAAUGGAGGACCCCAGAGAAUCCCUCACCGGCUUCCACACACGCCCAAGGCGUGAGGAUGUCGGGAGCUGAACAUCCGGAGAAGAAGAAGGGACGCAGGAGAUCAUCGGGCGGGCUGCAGCCCAGAGUAUGUUCCAGAUCCCAGAGUUUGAGCAGAGUGACCGGGAAGACUCCACCCCUGCAGACAGGGGCCUGGGCCCCAGCCCCGAAGGGUACUGGCCUUCAGGCCCCAGCGACCGCCACCGUGUGGCCCCAGGCUUCCUGCGGGACUCCAGUCACCAGCAGGGGCAGCCGACCAGCAGCGGCCACCAUGGAGGUGCUGCGGCUGUGGAGACCCGGAGUCGCCACAGCUCAUACCCCGCAGGGUCUGAUGAGGCUGAAGGGCUGGAGGAGGAUCCCAGCCCCUUUCGGGGUCGCUCGCUUUCAGCGCCCCCCAACCUCUGGGCUGCACAGAGAUAUGGCCGUGAGCUCCGCAGGAUGAGUGAUGAGUUCCAGGGCUAUUUCAAGGGACUUCCUCGCCCGAAGAGCGCGGGCACAGCAACGCAGAUGCGGCAAAGCCCCAGCUGGACACGCAUCAUCCAGGCCUGGUGGGAUCGGAAUUUGGGGAGAGGCAGCUCCGCCCCGUCUCAGUGACCUUACGUCCCACGUUCCCGAGGCCCCACCCACUCCCGCAGCAGCCGCCGGUGGCCAUCUUGGGUGUGGGCGGAAGUCUUCCGCAGGCCUUAAGCAAAAAGAGGAUCCGUUCCCUCCCGUUAGGAGGGAACCGGCCUGAGCCGGAGCCCGAUUCCCUUCCGGUGCGAACCCUUUCGACCUCAUCGGAAGUUCCAGUGGCUCUCCGGCCCCGCCCUGCCCUUCGGCGCUUGCUCUGCCUCAGGCGCCUGCGCCAAGUCGCGAGCGAGCCGGGCUUAACCGUUCCUGCGCCAGUAGCCUUUACUCCCGGGUAACGCCCGGGCCCGUGCUCGCGGCCCCUUGUGCGAAUAAAGCCCGCGUCUGUGCCGCCGCGUGUGCUCUGUCCGUUGCCGCGGCUUCGCGGGAGGGCUAGUGCUAACACUGAGAGGCUUCCCCGGGCUUACACGUAGGUGAAGCGGGAUCUCUCCGAGCGGCUUGUCCGGGGCUGGAGACCCGGGGCUCCCAGGCCGCAGGGAGGACCGAGGCUUCCGGGUCCUUAUCUCUAAAGUCCUUAUCUCAGUGGUAAUCGGGACCCGUGCUCUGCAGACCGUGCCGCGGCCCCCAGGGAGGGUCCUCUGUUCCUGUGUGGGUCAGUCCUUGUGAGCUGCUCCUGUGUGGCGGGCGCAGGGCCAGCGCUGCUCAGGGCACAGCCGAACGGGCCGGGCAGGCCCAGCCCGGCCGCGAGGGGUCAUUGUGGGACUGGGGGGAGCUCCAUGAGAGUCUGGGACCAGAGCUCCGGGCACAAUUCUAGGAAGAUUUAUUGGCGCCCCCUGUAGACCAAGCCAGUGCUUUUACUGGGUACACAGAGAUGAUGCCGCCACGGCCCCCCAGCUGGAGCUUGCUACCGCCAGCUUAGUGCCCUAACAGGGGCCCACAACCAGAGUGAGGGCGGCUCCCUUCUGCAAGGCAGGCAGAGAGGGCUUCAGGGAGGAGGUAAGUUAGAGCUGAGGCUUGAAGAGAUGAGGGGAGGUAGGAGGGGUCGCAGCAGGGGUUUGGCUUCUGUGGGGGUUGAGUGUCACACCGAGUUUAGACUUUAGUCUGGUCUUUAAGGACCUGGCACUGACGUGGGAUCAGGUAGUGUUGAUUUAAGUGGAGGUGAGAAGAGUCCAGAGCAUGGGAGCUGGCUGCUCAGGGGGACCUGAGGGUGCUGAGGGGCCUAGACAUGGAAAAGAGGAGAGAGGGCAGAUUUGGGGAUUGAACAAGGCCUGACAGGAGAGGCAGAGAGGGCCUGGGCAAUGAUACUGACCCUGAGGGAGGAGGGCCCAGGGGAGAGCAUCCCCAGGCCCGGAAAGGCCCUACUCUGUUUCUUGGGCCUCCCACCCCACCUGUUUGUCUGAGGUUACAGCAAAAACAAAGCAAAGCAAAGCACUCAGUUGGCAGGAGACAAGCCCAGAUAAGAGACUGCUUUCCUCUGGAGGAGGGAGGCCUCAGCCCCAGAUGCGCCAGAAAGCUAGGAGAGGCCUUGAAGAAGGGCCAGCCUGACCCUGCUGCAGAGCCUGGCGGCACCCUCGCUGUCUCUGCCAUUCCAUGCUGUUCAUCUUCCAGGCUGGCCUUGGACUGUCCGCUAUGGAGGGGCCAGGCCCACCCUGAACCUCCAGGUCAGGAUGUCUUGGUUUAGCUGUGGUCUGGGACACACGACUUCUGCUCUGGGCCUCAGUUUUCUCACCUGUAAAACAGGUAUAACAUCUCCCUCACAGGGGUGAGGAGGAUGCUGGGUCUCCUAGCCCCAGGUCACGGUCAGGCCCACUUCCCACUCACAGCUGAAAGCCCGGGUUCCCCAGUGCUGGGCAGGUUCUGAGCUGCCCAGCUCCACCCCUAGUCGGUCCAUCCCCCAAUACAGAGAAGCAGCCUGU